AACUGUUUCGGUUUUCCUUUCUGUCUUUCAAUUUGUUAUUUUGUAUUUCCGUGUUCAGUGUUUUUGUUCAUUAAAACAUGAAGAACACGUACCACGCUGCAUAUUGGUCCGAUCCCGUUACACCCAUAGACUACUUUCAGGGUGAGGAACCAUCUCACAUAACUGUAAAACAAUCAACACCAUCAGGUACUCAGACAGAGUGCUGGUGAUGCGUUCUGGGAAGGUGGUGGAGUUUGACAGCCCUACUGAUCUGUGUCAAAGAGACGACUCCAUUUUCUGCAAGCUGGUUGGUGCGAGGGGGAGAGAGAGUAGAAGCCAUCAGAGGACUAAUGCAAAUGGGAAAUGUCAAUGGGGAUCUCUCUCUGUUUCCCCCCACGAGACCAGUGGUGGAUGGAAUCAGUGGACCAACCAACCACCCGUCCAAUGGCGGUGGUAGAAGUUGGCCCUAUAAAAAAUGACUGGUCCAGGGUUAGAUUUUUUAAAUCCCCAUGAGCGUUAAGGUUAGGAUUGAGGUAGGGAAAUCUGAUCCUAGAUCUGUGGUUAAGUGCGGAGACUUCUUCCUCGAGGCCUACCGACUGACAUUUGACCUUUGACCUCAGAGAGUAAGGUAUGAAUAAUCCAACCCGAGCAAGAUUAUUAUUUUACUAUCUUUUAGGAAGUCGUGUUAAUUUUCUAGCUUUUUAUUCAUGAAACGCGUUAAUGUGGUACAAAAGAACUGACGAUGUGUCAAUAGCACAGAGGUAAUGAAGAAACAAUGAAUAAGUACUUUAAUUGCUUUUGUAUGAAGUGAGUAUCCUAUAGCACUAUAAUGGAUUUUGGCUGAAAAGUUGUCUUCCUAGACAAGUCAGUCAUUCACUUUGCAGCAUCGUCAAUCAUUUAUGAAUGUCUGAGAUUCCUUUUGCACCUGGUCUGUUGACAGUAUGAUCUGUAUAGCUAGAGUGCACAUUAAUGGACAUUCUUCACAUAGAUAAAAUGCAUGUUUACACAUUGUUUGCUGUAUGGACUUGUUGCUGACAAAUAGACUGAGAUAAAGACAAUUUAAAGUUGCUAUUUCUCUUUGUUUACCAUUCACACAGAGCACCUUUGUUUGGAAGCUCCUCACAAUAUUGUUACGUCUGAGGAUUUCAAGCCAUUCUGUAGCAGAACUACUGUAUAUCAGUCAUUUGAGAAUGUUUCUGUUUUGUAAUAUACUGUAAGAGAGAACAUCUCAGGGAGAAUCGCCUUUACAUGCAGCGUUUUCAGUAGUGGUCAGUACUCUCAUGUACAGUAAUAUGAAGGUGUAACAUAUUCUAAAUAAAAUGGCUGCACUGGUUUUACACGUCUGGUCACUUUUUAGAUUUAUUGAGUUUGCUUGAACAUCAUUAUGACAAUCGUCAUAUUUCUAUGAUUUACACAUCUCAUGUUAUUAUUUUGUUGAGUUUGGGUUCAUCAAAAUGUCAGUGCGAUUACAUAAUUGUCAUUAAUGGUAAUUGGAAGGAGUAGCCCCACCUUAAAGGUAUGGUAACACAGUAAGAAUGUUAUGAUGUCUCAAAUCAGUUCUAUUCAAGUCUUCAUCCCUAGAUCAUGCCACACCUUCAUUGUUGUGCCUUAUAAUUACCAUGAGUCAUGAAUGAACGACCUAGCAGCCCCUCCCUUGAAACAAGACAACUCUUUGGCACACCUCUGCAUUUUUUUUCUAUGACCAGUCUUAUUUGUUUUCCUCCUGUCUUUGCGUGGAGAGUGCUCUGUUUUUUUUUUCUCCCCCCUCUGUCUCACAGUUCCAGUUUUGAGAGGCCAGGUUUCAGUGCUCACGGUGCCUACCUGGACUGGGGAAGUUGUGUGUGACGGUGUGUGGCUGGGAAGACAUGCCGAAUGUGGAACCAGUUUGUCUGCUUUGCAGAGAGUAUGCUUUCGCUGACUGAGGCACGGUGUAGGCAGUCCUACAGGAGUAACAUUGUGUCGCAGCUCUCUCACAUUGGCGGUUAAACUCUUCAAUGGCUGACUAACAAGAACAAACACAGUCAAAAUAGCCCAAUGGAGCCUAAGCCUGGUCACCGUAGGGGAAGGAGCCUCUCUGAGGGGCUGAUGCUGGAGGAAUCAGAAAAGGGAGGAUUGGUCGUCUCCAGCGUUAUCGGUGGCUCCUCUGGCAAUCAGGGUCUCAAAGAAGGAGAUGAAAUUGUGGGUGCCACAAUCAACUUUGACCAACUGUCGAAAGACGAUGUGUUGAAAAUACUGAAGCUGAUGGAUGAUAAUGGAUUUGAUGAGAAGGUUCAAGUUCUGACGAAAAAUAAUUUGAGCAAGAGUAUGGGGACCUUGGACAGCGUCAAAGCACCAGAGGAGAUGCUGAAGGAUUCAUAUAAUAGACUCUACAAUGCCAAAAUAAAUAGGUUCAUGAAGGAUGACAGCCCUGGACAACCUGCAGGUGCUGGGGAAAGAGGCUCCCAUAAUGGACAGGUGAAGGGCAAGGGACCGAGACCUCUCUGGGGCAAACCUAAAGUUAAAGGUGACCUCAAACCCCCUGUCCUCACCAUGGAUUACCCAGUUGUGGAGACACACAAAGUAGAUGCUCCUACCUACCUAGAGUCUCCAGACCUCAAAUUCUCUGCUCAAAAGUUAAAGGUGCCUAAACUUGAUGUCAAUGGAGCGGUACCUGAUGCUCGCGGUGGAGAACUUUCAUUGCCUAAUACCAACAUUAGUACAUCAGAUCUCUCCCUGCCUCAUUUAAAUGGGUCACUAAACAUUGAUGCUCCAUCAGUUAACCUGGAAAGGCCAUAUCUUGAAACUGAUAUAGAUGCUAUCGAUGCUCCAGAAUUUGAUAUGUCUUUGCCCAAAGAUGACAUCAAAGGCCCUAAUCUUGACCUGAAAGUUAUAGAUCCACUUCCCAAAGUUAGAGGAGAUAUCAAUGUCCCGGAAGCAGAGCUCAAUCUACCAGAGGGGGUUGUCACUGGACCUACUUUAAAUAUCAAUACCCCAAAGCUUGAUAAUGAAAGAACAGGCAAAAUGUUCAAAAUGCCCAAAUUUGGACCCAGCGUAAAUGUACCCAGCCUUGAGGUUGGUACACCAAAUAUGAGGAUCCCAGAUAAAGAUAUGCCAGGAGUUAAUCUUAAAGGUCCCCAACUAGACCUACAAUCACCAGAUGUUAAUCUCAAAGGUCCUAAUCUAGACCUGCAAGCCCCAGAUGUCAGCAUGAUGAAUAUGCCUUCAAGUAAAAUCAGAGUCCGGUCCUCCAAGAAACUGAAAAACCCAAACCUUGAUGUGGAUGAUCCCUCUGGUUAUUUUGAAUUGCCUAAGGUUAGGCUCUCUCGCAGAGUACCAAAAGGACCAGAUUUAGACAUUGAUGCCGUUUUAAAGACCCAAGACAUGCAUCUUAAAACCUCUUUGAUUGGUGCUCCUGACCUGAAUGUCCCUGAUGUAGAUUUACCUUCAGUAGACAUUAAAGGUUCCAAAAUAGAUCUAGAGUUGCCAGAUGCAAACAUUGGUAUCCCAUCUGGGAAGAUCAAAACACCAAGUCUUGGUAUGGCUGACUUUGAUAUAUCUGGACCAAGAGUUAGGACUCCAGACCUGGACCGCUCAGCGGAUGAGAUGUGUCUAUCAGACGUCUGUUUGCCUGACCUCAGUACUCCAGAUAUCGGCAUAACCUCAGGUAAAUUCAAACUAACGAAACCACAUGCAGAACUCAAAGCUCCUGAUUUCAAUGUGGAUGCCCCCUCUGGUAAACUGAAGAUGCCCAAAUUUGGCUUCUCUGGCCUAAAAAGACCAGACUUGGGCAUUGAUGCUGAUGUAAAAACACCAAAGCUAAGUCUCAAAGCUCCCAAGAUAAAAGGUGGACUUGAUGCACCUGACUUGGACUUACCCAAAGUCGACCUGAAAUCACCUAAAUUAGAUGCAAACACUCCAGAUAUUGACAUUGAUGCACCUUCAGGAAAAUUCAAAGUGCCAACGUUUAAGAUGCCUAAAUGUACCCUUUCGGGCCCUAGAGGGCCAGAGUUUGGCAUUGAUGGAGAGUUGGAUGGACCAGACCUGAGCUUAUCAUCUUCCAAAUUAAAACAGCCAGAUGUGGAUGUUGGUAGUCCAUCUGGAAAAUUCAAGAUGCCAAUAUUUAAAAUGCCAGACUUUGGCUUCUCAGGCCCAGAUGUUCAAGGGCCUGACUUUGAGGUAAAGAAUCCAAACUUGGAUCUUUCAGCCCCCAAGUUUAAAGGGGGAAUUAGUCACCCAGAUUUGGAUCUGCCAGAUGUUGACCUCAAAGGCCCCAAACUAGACCUCAAUGCACCAGAUGUAAACUUUAAUAUGCCCUCAGGUAAAGUCAAAGUACCUACAUUGAAGAAACCAAAGGUUGAUCUGAAUGCUCCUGAUCUGGACGGCCCCUCUGGUAACCUGAAAAUGCCCAAAUUUGGGCUGUCUGGUAAAAUGCCAAAAUCUCUCAAAUUGAAUCUCAAAGCUCCAAAGAUGAAGGGGGGAAUUAAUUUUCCAGACGCUGACCUCAAAUCCGCUAAACUAGACAUGACUGCUCCAGAUCUUGACAUCAAUGCACCCUCAGGGAAAUUCAAAAUGCCUAAAUUCAGAGGCCUGAAGGGACCAAAUGUUGACAUUAAUGGCGCUAUAGAGGGACCAGAUCUGAACUUGUCAUCUCCCAAACUCAAGGGUCCCAAAGCACACCUCAACAUUCCAGAUAUUCCACAUAUUGACAGUCCAUCGGGAAAAUUCAAAAUGCCAACUUUCAAGAUGCCCCAUUUAGGUUUAUCUGGACCAAAAGUUAAGGGGCCUGACUUGGAUCUUUCAGCCCCCAAGUUUAAAGGGGGAAUUAGUCAUCCAGAUUUGGAUCUGCCAGAUGUUGACCUCAAAGGCCCCAAACUAGACCUCAAUGCACCAGAUGUAAACUUUAAUAUGCCCUCAGGUAAAGUCAAAGUACCUACAUUGAAGAAACCAAAGGUUGAUCUGAAUGCUCCUGAUCUGGACAUUGAUGGCCCCUCUGGUCACCUGAAAAUGCCCAAAUUUGGGCUGUCUGGUAAAAUGCCAAAAUCUCCCAAAUUGAAUCUCAAAGCUCCAAAGAUGAAGGGGGGAAUUGAUUUUCCAGACCUGAAUUUACCAGAUGCUGACCUCAAAGCCGCUAAACUAGACAUGACUGCUCCAGAUCUUGACAUCAAUGCACCCACAGGGAAAUUCAAAAUGCCUAAAUUCAGGGGCCUGAAGGGACCAAAUGUUGACAUUAAUGGUGCUAUAGAGGGACCAGAUAUGAACUUGUCAUCUCCCAAACUCAAGGGUCCUAAAGCAGACCUCAACAUUCCAGAUGCUGAUAUUGACAGUCCAUCAGGAAAAUUCAAAAUGCCAACUUUCAAGAUGCCCCAUUUAGGUGUAUCUGGACCAAAAGUUAAGGGGCCUGACUUGGAUCUUUCAGCCCCCAGGUUUAAAGGGGGAAUUAGUCACCCAGAUUUGGAUCUGCCAGAUGUUGACCUCAAAGGCCCCAAACUAGACCUCAAUGCACCAGAUGUACACUUUAAUAUGCCCUCAGGUAAAGUCAAAGUACCUACAUUUAAGAAACCAAAGGUUGAUCUGAAUGCUCCUGAUCUGGACAUUGAUGACACCUCUGGUCACCUGAAAAUGCCCAAAUUUGGGCUGUCUGGUAAAAUGCCAAAAUCUCCCAAAUUGAAUCUCAAAGCUCCAAAGAUGAAGGCGGGAAUUGAUUUUCCAGACCUGAAUUUACCAGAUGCUGACCUCAAAGCCGCUAAACUAGACAUGACUGCUCCAGAUCUUGACAUCAAUGCACCCACAGGGAAAUUCAAAAUGCCUAAAUUCAGGGGCCUGAAGGGACCAAAUGUUGACAUUAAUGGCGCUAUAGAGGGACCAGAUAUGAACUUGUCAUCUCCCAAACUCAAGGGUCCUAAAGCAGACCUCAACAUUCCAGAUGCUGAUAUUGACAGUCCAUCAGGAAAAUUCAAAAUGCCAACUUUCAAGAUGCCAGAUUUAGGUUUAUCUGGACCAAAAGUUAAGGGGCCUGACUUGGAUCUUUCAGCCCCCAGGUUUAAAGGGGGAAUUAGUCACCCAGAUUUGGAUCUGCCAGAUGUUGACCUCAAAGGCCCCAAACUAGACCUCAAUGCACCAGAUGUAAACUUUAAUAUGCCCUCAGGUAAAGUCAAAGUACCUACAUUGAAGAAACCAACGGUUGAUCUGAAUGCUCCUGAUCUGGACAUUGAUGACCCCUCUGGUCACCUGAAAAUGCCCAAAUUUGGGCUAUCUGGUAAAAUGCCAAAAUCCACAAAAAUGAAUCUCAAAGCCCCAAAGAUAAAGGGGGGAAUUGAUUCCCCAGACAUGAAUGUACCAGAUGCUGACCUCAAAGCCCCUAAACUAGAUGUGAAUACCCCAGAUCUUUACAUAAAUGCACCUUCUGGGAAAUUCAAAAUGCCCAAAUUUAAAAUGCCUAAAUUCAGGGGCCUAAAGAGACCAGAUGUUGACAUUGAUGGAGACUUAGACGGCACAGAAAAAGAUAUCAAUGCCCCCAUAGCUAAUCUCAAAGGACCCAAAACAGGUCUAAAAAUUCCUGAUUUGAAGAUGCCUGAUUUCGGGCUAUCUGGGCCAAAUGUAGAUGCACCUGAUUAUGACUUACCUGAUAUUGAUCUCUCAGCCCCAAAGCUAAAAGGGGGAAUCAGCCCCCCAGAUUUGAGACUACCUAAGGAUCAUCUCAGAGGUCCCAAACUAGACCUCAAUGCUCCAGAUAUGCCCUCAGGUAGAUUCAGAGUUCCAACCAUAGAGAGGCAAAAUGGUAGCAUCAAAACCCCUGGUUUUGACAUCAGCACUCCUACAUUCAAAAUGCCCGAAAUGCCUAAAUUUAUGUUGUCUAGACCAAAAAGACCAGAUCAAGACAUAAGUGCUGACAUAGGUUUGAAAUUGUCAAAGAUGAAAGGUGGGAUUGGUUCACCGGACCUGGACCUACCUACAGUUGACCUAGAAGCCCCUAAGAUAGAUGUAGACACUCCAGAUAUGAACAUUGAUUCCCCCUCUGGGAAUUUCAAAAUGCCCCACCUCAAAAUGCCUAAAUUCAGCCUUUCUGGUCUGAAUGGUCCAGAUGCUGGAAUAGAUGGAGACAUUGAUGGACCGGACCUGAGCUUGUCAGCCCCGAAAGUAAACACAGGGAUCGGUAGUCCAGAUUUAGACAUAAAUGUUCCCUCUGGAAAUCUCAACGGCCCCCAAGCUGAUCUCAAUUUGCCAGACAGUGACAUUGCUAUACAAUCUCGAAAAUUUGAACUGCAAUCCUUUAAAUUGCCUCAGUUUGGAAGUCCCAACCUAAGGGCAGGUACAGAUAUGGACUUUAUGAAAACACAUGACAUUUCUCCUCCAAAGGCUAAAGUGGAUCUAAAAGCACCAGACUUGAAAGUUAGUCACCCAGAUGUCAGCCUGAGUUUACCCAAAGCUGAUAUCAGAGGCCCAGAAUACAAAGUGGCAUCUCAUAGUAAACGCAGAUCUGAUAUCCCAGGUGUAGCGCAUUUAAAAUUGCAAGCAAUGGACAUAGAUACCGAAGAGACACUGCCACACACUGAUAGUAAGUCUAGGAAGGUCAAAGGAAGGGUCAGUUAUCCCAUUGCAGAUAUAGACUUGCCAAAAGUUGAGUACGAAGCAUCUGGUUUGGAGCUGCGAGGUUCAGACCUUAACGAUCCCACAGGGAAAUUAAAAAUUCCCAAAUCUAAGACUAAAUUGGGUAGUCAUACAAGAAUACCAGACCUUGAUGUAGACUCAAGUCUUGCCAGUAUUAACGCCUCAGUCCCUAAACUCCCACAGCCAGGGUAUGGAGUAGAGGUUUCACAGACAGAUUUAAAUUUGAGCAGAACUGACUUCAAGGGCAAUAAACAUCAUAGAAAAGCCCCAGCUGGUGAAACUGGCAGAACAAAAAGGAGAAGUCCAAAACAGUCUGAAAUUGUAAUGUCUAUGCCAAAUUGUACUCAUGGUUCAAACCCCAAAAUGUCUGAAGAUCAAGAAGCAUAUUUUGUCACUGCAUUUCCCAAACAUGUCAAAGGGGAUGUACCAGACGGAACUGGGAGCCUGAAAAAUCGGCACAAGGAAGAGUCAAACCGUCGAUCUCAAACACUCAGAAGUCUCGAUUUCAGUGCAUCAAAUGUGGACCUUGAAGUUCCAGAAGAUGAGAACUUAAAAGGGUCAACAUUCUGGCUUUCAAAGCUUAUAUAGCAUUCAGACAACUGACUAAAUGUCAUUUUAGGUUUGUUUGAAUCACAAUCUUCUGUUGAAACAUAAUGCAGAAAACGUCUGUUACGUAUAAAACAAGCAUCAGAUUAUUUUCACAUAUUUGUACUUUUUUUAAUGUAAAUUGUUUGGCAUUUGUUAUGAACAUGUUGAGAACGAAUGUGUAAAGCUUUCUUUUGUCAAGUGAUUUAAAAAAUGUAUGAAAGGUUUAUGUUCUGCUGAUAAGCUAUUUGAAUGGUAUUUUUACUCUACACUUGCUACAUUGUAAUAAAAUGGGAUUUCGAAACUUUUAUAAAACCCUUGUUUUAUCUUUC